AUGCGGCGCUUCUUUUGCUGCUUUGCCCAGAAGUCAGGCAGCAGCCUCGCGAAGGUCAAACCUGAGCCCAAGGUCGAAGAGGAUGCGACGGAGGGUCAAGAGCAGAAGCCAGUGCGGGAGUCAGAGGAGGAGGCCGAUCCGGGAGUGGCGGAGGCAGACGCGUCAAACUUGGCACUGCUGGAUUUUCCAAGGGGAGACCUGGAGAUCUUCGAGCAGCUUGGGCGAGGCGCAAGCGGCUGCCGAGUGCAUCGCUGCAAUGGAGACGGCCGCAUCAUGGCUGCGAAGGUGCUACCUUUGACGGCGACCACCUGGCCAGACAUGAUCGAGGACUUCGAGAAGGAGGUCCAGGUGUUGAAGCUGAUCGGUCAGCAUCCCGGUCUGGUGGAGUUCUUUGGGGCUUGGCGGCUGGAGGGGGCCGCCGCUCUGGGCAUCGAACUCUGCGGCUCCACCCUGGAGCAGCACGUCCGGCGCCGCGCCGCGCAGCCGGCGCCCUUCGCGGCCGCGGAGCUGGCGGCGCUGGCGCCGGUGGCCGGGGGCCUGGCGCACCUCCACGGCCGCGGCGUGCUGCACCGGGACCUCAAGGCCGCCAACGUCUUCCUCGCCCGCGAAAGCGGCGGCGAAGGCGAAAGCGUCGAAAGCGUCGACCUACCUCUGACCGCAUUCGCGGCCAAGCUCGGAGACUUUGGGGCCGCCAAGGUGUGCAGCCGUGCUCAAACGCCCGUCCAAACGCCACACUUCAUGGCCCCAGAGGUUGCUCAAGGAGGUGAGUACAACUCCGCGGCAGACGUCUGGGGUCUUGGGUGUCUUAUCUUCGAGGUGCUGGAGAUGGGACUCCCCUAUGGCGAGGACCUAACACUGCCACAGCUGGAGAAGGCCCUGGUGGCGGGCCUGGGCCCGCAGCUCACCGACAGACCGCAGGUGGCGGCUCGCUGCCCGGACGCAGUGGCAAUGAUGGACCAGUGCCUGCAGAAGGCUCUACUGUGCUGCCAGGAGGAUGAUGCCAAGGCCUUCAAGAAGAAGUACCGCAUCACGCAGAUGUUCAGUGCGACGAUGCCUCCGGCUAUCGAGCGCAUGGCGCGCAACUUCCUGCGGUGUCCCGCCAUCAUCAACGUUGGGGACCCUGGCCAGGCCAAGAAGGAUAUCGAACAGAACUUGGAAUUCAUCGGGGAGGCCAAAAAGAAGAAGCGCUUGGAGGAGAUGCUCGUCGGCGCAGAGCCGCCAAUUAUUGUGUUCGUGAACCAAAAGAAGGCGGUGGAUGUGCUGUCCAAGUCGCUUGACAACAACGGCUACCGCGUUUGCUCCAUCCACGGUGGCAAGAGCCAGGAGCAGCGCGAGUGGGCCAUGAACUCCUUCAAGGAGGGCAGGUAUGACAUCCUGGUCGCCACUGACGUUGCAGGGCGUGGCCUUGAUAUUGAAGGCGUGCAGCGCGUGAUCAACUUCGACAUGCCGAAGACCAUUGAGGACUACACGCACCGUAUCGGCCGAACUGGCCGAGCAGGUCUCAAGGGCUUGGCAAUCUCCUUCGUGACGCCCGAGGACUCUGAGAUCUUCUACGAUCUCACCAACUUCCUCAAGAGUUCCAAUCAAGUCGUGAAACACUUAGAGAGUAUCCAAGAGAGCAUCCUGGAGAGUGAGACGGGGAGCUGGGACACGUACAAAGACUACAACGACUACAAAGACUUCGGGUCUCUCGUGGAGGCUCAGGCCACAUCUUUCUUCGGCUUGUCCAAGCAGGCAAAGUGCAAGAAAGUCAUCAAUGAUGCGUAUUUUUGUGCCGAGGAUCGUGGAAGCUCAUCCAAGCCCAAAGUAGAGCUGCCGAAGAGAUACGCAAAGUCUUUCGCCGAAGAAGUUGGCCUGCUCGGAGAGUUCGCCAAGCAGGGCAGCUUCUUCCUGGGUGAGGCCAAGCAGCUGAUGCAGCAGACCAGCGACCACCUGGAGGGAGUCGGCCAUGCUCUGGACAAAGCUGACAAGGACAUAGCCAAGGCUCAGCUAUUGAAGCCAGCCUUGCGGCAGCUAGCCGCAAACGUGGCGCAUUUGGAUCUCACCGGUCAGUCAUUGGGAGACACAGGUGCUCUUUUGUUGGCAGAUGCUAUGAAGGGAAAUUCUUCUUUGAGAAUCCUGAGCCUUCGCUGGAAUGGCAUCAAAGAGCGCGGCGCUGCCGCCAUCGCAGCAGCGCUCCAGGUGAGCCAUGUACGCUGCUUGGACCUCUAUUGCAAUUCCUUCGGCGACAGUGGAGCCACGCACGUGGCCCAGGCAGCCAACAGCUGCAACAGCUUGCGGGAGCUGGACCUAGGUUGGAAUUCCGUGUGCGACCCUGGAGCAGCCGCCAUUGCCACAUGUUUGAUGCAGAACCAGACGCUCUUGGAGCUGGGCCUGGAGCAGAAUGCCAUUGGUGAGAACGGCGCCAAAGCGCUGGCUGCAGCACUGCAGCAGAACCACAGCCUCAUCAAGCUUCGCCUGCGAGGGAAUCCUCUCCAGGGCGGCUUUGAGCUGAAGGCAUCCGGAAGGCUGGACCUAACAGAGAGGAGCACGGCGCGGGCCUCGCUGAGCCCGCAGCUCGGCUCGCUUCGCGGGACAGAUCCGCGCGCGGUUAGUGAUGUGGAAGGCCACUGGGACUUUUUCUGCAACUUUGUGGAGAUUUGCCACGGGCUGCGCUUUGCCCGGGGUGAUGGCCGCGAAGCCCGCACAGCUCACGAACUGGAGCUCGAAUUGGAGGAGGACUGGUGCUUUGUCUUUGGCGGCGAUGCAAGUGACAAGGGACCUGGCACCCUGCGUGUCGUGAUGGCCCUGGUUGCGCUGAAGAAGAAGCACCCAGAGAGGGUGUUCUUGAUCCUCGGCAACCGGGACAUCAAUAAGAUGCGCUUCACUUCUGAGCUUGCAACUUCCGAGCUUGAGCGCGUCAAAGAGGUUCCACGCGCCUUUUGGCAGUCUCGACUGCCUGGAAAUUGUCCCACAUAUUGGGAAUACUUGAAGCGAAAACUUCAGGAUGAAGGUGUGAAGGAGGAUGAAGUGACUGACAAGAUGGUCUACGAUCGCAGCUCCAAAGCUAGCAAGCUGCGCUACCUGUUGGACUGUGACAUGGGCUCGGCAGGCGACUUUGAGUUUAGACGCGAGGAGCUUGCUCAUCUGAAAAACGUGGCCAAAGGGGAUGUGACCGACGAGGAGGUGGUUCGCAGCUACGAGGAGAGUGUUGCGCCGGGCGGCAGCAUGAGGCAGCUCCUUGAGAUGGGGCAGCUUGCACUCCUUUUGGAGGGCACUCUCUUUGUCCAUGGGCAGAUCAUCGGCAACCAGUUCCCGCACGACCAGGUCAUAGGUGCAGACGAGCAGAACGUGGCAUGGAGUGUUGGAGUAGUUCCAGGGGAGAACUGGGAAGGCGACUUGCAGAAAUGGGUCCAGAAUCUCAACAGCUGGGCAGCAUCGCAGAUCAGGGACUGGAAGCAGCGCCCGCUUUGGGCGACCCCUCCCGUCGCCUCCGCCUACCAGUACUGGUCCCAACGCGGUGGCUCUGAGCUCAUUGCCUACGGCACCCCUGGCACGCACUUCCCUACCGUGGUCUAUUGCCGGUACUUGGCAGAGCAGAGCAUGCCUUUGCAGUAUCCCCGCACUUUGGUGGACUACCUGAAGACUCAGGGUGUUCGCUACGUCAUGGUGGGACAUACUCCGCAUGGAAAUGCCCCAACCGUCAUCAGGCACGAUUCCCUGACUCUCAUCAUGGCUGACACCAGUUUCAGUGAUGUCAAAGCUAAUCGCUUUUAUCAAGGGGACAAUCGUGGGAGUGCUGUGUGCGCCAUUGAGUUCAAUGGCCGAGCUUGGUCAGUGCGAGGCCAAACUGACAAGGACCAAUGCAUUGACUACACAGUCGGACAAGAGCACAGAGGCUGCGACCCUCUUGUAGGUCGCUUCACCAAGCCUGACAGCGAAGGAAAGGUGUUCUUUGUGAAGGCGAAGCUGUGCGGCGAAGGGUCAGGCUACCUUUUGAGCCGCGCACAGGGGUUCACCUACGAGUACGUUCUCUUGAGCGCCGCGGAGGUGAAGGGGGCCAUCCAGGGGGGCAGUUUCCAUUUCGUGACGGAGCUGGCGGAGUUGGAGUUCUUGGAGGAGGACGUGCUGCUGAAGAUCCGGCACCUCUUCCAGAUGCUGGGGGCGGAGGAGGUUUGGACCUUCGAGUUGGAGGCCGCCGUGGGCGACCGGCUCUUCCGCCGGGGCCUCCGGAGCAUCUUCCCAUCCCUGGACCCCAUUGCCUUGGCCGCCUCACUGAGCCGCACCGAUGGCAAGAUCACCCCUCAAGAGUUCCACGAGCUCUGCCGAGCCCAUUCCUCGGCAGAGGUCCAGAACUGCCUCCUUUUCCCGGUCGCGCCGCAGGGUCAGACCGCGGUGCUCGGGAACUUUCCCAAGGCUUUGCCCUUCUUUACCUGCAUGCCACCGACGCACGUCAAGCCAGCCCACCUGUCCGUGUUCAAAGGGCAUUUGGCCACCUGGAAGCAGCUGCCCCGAAGAUUCGAAUGCCACUUGGAAGGUCUCCAGUCGGAGAGUUCGCACGUGAAGACCUUCUUCGACAUGCUGCGACAGCAUGAUCGCAAGCGCAUAGUCUCCAGCAUGUCUGCCAUCGCAGAUGUGAAUGUCGGCGAGUUCGACCGCAAUCAGCUGCAAAUUCCAGAUUCUGGCAAGUACAUUGCUUGGAGCCACCCCUUUGCCUUGUCCCAUUGGGACUGGGAAGAUCCCUUUGUGCAGAGCUUGCUCGUCAAUCCGGAUGUUGCCUUCUUCACGAUGGGCAGCUUCGUGUACUUUGCCACUCCGCAAGCACGAGAGGUGUUCGCUCAGAGAGGAAUGAGACACCUAGGAUGA